AUGAAUAGCAACAAACUAAUAAAAACUUAGUAAAAAAAUUAAUCCUAUGGGGAGUAUGGGGAGGAAUCCACUAGACAUCUAAGUGAGAUCUUAGAAAGGAAAUACACCUAAAUUGAAUAACCUCCUUCUUAAACUAUCAACUUUAGAAGCCUUAGAUAAAGGUUUGGAUUAAUUUAAGAUAAAUAUCCUUUACCACUUAAAUUUGAAUAAUUAUUAUAAACCAUGAAAACUAUCGAGAUGACUUAUUGGAACAAAUAAAAACCUAUCACUUAUGAAUUUAAAACUAAUGCUUUCAGGAUCUUAUAAAUUGGAUAAUUAUUUGAACUUGAUAUAGUGCUUUAUUAAAUUAAAAUUGCAGAAAAAUCUGUUUAAAUUAUUCCUAAAGAUGUUCUAAUUAAAAAUUUGCCUUCAUGA